AUGGAUAAAAGAGCAGAAGGAACACAGUAUGUCAGUGUGGAAGGAGGAUUGAGUAGGGUGGUGGACACAGAUCUACCAGACAUCCAACGAGGCUUGAGUUAUUGGAUCAGCACAAAGGAGCAGGUCCUGACGGCGUACCCCCACUGGGUACUUAAGCAUUGUGCUCACAUUUUGGCACCACACCUUGCUCUGCAUUUUGGGGCCUUACUUAGAUCAGGUGUCUUUCCUGCCGUUCUCAAGCAGAGUUAUAUUGUUCCGAUUCACAAGUCAGGUGACAAAGCAAAUGUUAUGAACUAUCGUCCUAUAUCUAUUCAACCUGCCAUUGCUAAAGUGUUUGAAAGUGUUGUUCUCGACUUCCUCUACUUUCGGCUUAGCCGUUGUAUGGUAAUGGAACAGCAUGGAUUCAUGAGAGGGACGCUCGACUGUGACGAAUCUUCUUCAAUUCCAGGAAGUCGUCACACUUCUGCGCUUGUUAGCGGUCACCAAGUGGACUGCGUCUACCUGGAUUAUGCCAAAAGCAUUUGA